AUGCUCCGCCCCCUGCUCCUCCUGUUUGCUGUGCUAGCAGUGCCAGGUGAUGCUGGAACGUAUUUUAGCACGUCCACAGAAUUCGACAUCAGCUCCUGUCCCAUCACAUAUUUUGGAAUAAAAUAUACCCACCUCUAUGUGAACCUGACAGCAGAUCAUAUUGUGAUGUGUUUUGAUGGGUUUGCCACCAGUAAAGACUGUGUAAUUGGACCUAAACCAGAACGAGAUACAUUUGAGGACAUUGUUCAAAGCUCAAUGGUGCUCAGUACUCUGAUUCGUGCUUCUGUACCGACCGUUAAGACCACCCUGAAGUGCUACGUGACCUUUGCUCUGGGUAACAAUUUUGCUGUUUAUCUGGUGAACUACGGACCACAAGCAGUUGUGGGUUUAAAUUCCAUUACUGCAGGAACGACAACGACUGAUGCUCUGGUGACUGGGCUGAACGUACGUACACUGAGAGUUACAAACAACAUGAAUAAUGGAGAAUAUUACAGCUUCAAAGACGUCAGCGGCUGCAGAUACARAGAUGUUGCAUAUAACACUACUACAACUACGGUUCUCCCAAACUCYUGUGAGACUGUCGUCUGUAACGCCACUGCAUUCCUCACUGUGACCCAAACCUGUGGACCCACUCAGACUUGUGUCGGCAACAACGUGUGUCUCACCACCACCACUGCUCCA